UUUCAUUUGUUUUAUUUUGUGACUAAUGUAAUUAUUUUGUGAGGCUAUUUUCGAUAAUAAACAACCAUGACACUGAAAAUUCCAGCAUUUUUUUAUUUAUUAAGUCCAAAAAAAAUUGAGAUCUUUUUAUAUAGUAUUUAAACAAAACCUAUAAUAUUAUCUAAUAUCUAUAAAUAAUUUUUUUUAAGAAACUUCCUAUAAAAAUUUAUAAUUGGCGGGAUCUACUAAGGUAACGCGUAUGCGCUUGCGCCGCUAGCCAACAUGAUGAUGACAACCCGCCAUCCACAACAAACGAACGAACGGCUAUUGUGAUUUUAUAUCAAUCAUAAACCGGCUUGGUUAUUAUGAUUAUAUAUUUUAUUAUGAAUAUAUAUUUUAUUUGGAAUUGAAAAAGUUGAGAGAAGAGGUCAAGGAAGUAAAGACUCUUCUAAAAAACUCUCGAAGUUCAGUAGUUGCUAGUCUACCCAAUAACAUACCCGUGCAGUUUCCAAUAGACGAUCAAAGGAGGUUUGAAAAUUUGGAACAAUAUUUGAAAUCCGAAGAAAAAUUUAAUGAUUUGGCAUCCUACCUUUCCUCAAUUGGAGGAAAUGGCACCACAGCUCAUGUUAAUAGAAUCAUGAGACAACUCUUGACCAACAGUUUGGCCAAAUUGUAUAAUUUUGCUGGGCAGAGAAACAAUAAAGUGCCAUUUUCCAACACUUUAGUGAAAUCUGUUAUCAUUCGUGCCAUACAAAUCAAAACUCCCUUGACCUCUCAAGCAGAUGUGGAAAAUGCUAUCAAAAUAUGGCUAAAAUAUGCCAAACAACGUGAGCAAAAAAGAAAUGCUGGUGCUCUGGUUUGAUUGUAUUAUCAACUACUUUUUAUGAAUUAUUAGCAUAUAUUUUUAUUUUUAAAAAUGUCAAAACGUAAGUUGAAAGAAUUGGUUGGUUCAAGACAAAAGUGUAGAUGGGCUUUACAAGCGACCAAACAAGAAUUUCAAUAUAUGUCAAGAACCUCUGUUAACCCUGGACGGGGUGCAGAAAAUGUUGAUGAAACAAAUGACUGCUUUUUCUUCAAUGAUACUAUUAGCAACACUAGUAAUACUAGUACUAGUACAUCAUCUGUUAAAGUUGAUAAAUCAAUCAGUUCUGAUAACAAUGAUUCAUUAUGCACAGUAACUUCUAUUGCUAAUGAUUUGGCGGAAUGGGCUCUAAAACAUAAAAUUUCACUUUCUGCUUUGACACACCUACUUCAUUUGCUUCAUCCUUACCACCCUGAACUUCCUUUAGACAGUCGUACCUUGUUAUCAACCCCAAAAUUUACACCAAUUGUGGAUAUAGAAUCUGGUCAGUUCUGUUAUUUUGGAUUGAGGAGUGCUCUUUCUAAGCUUAUUUCAAAUGAUACUAGUGUAGACAAAAUUCAAAUUAGUUUUAAUGUUGAUGGCAUUCCACUCUUCAAAAGUUCAAAAAUGCAGUUUUGGCCUAUUUUGGGAUUAAUAAAAAAUAUAUCUGGUAGUAGACCUUUUGCAAUUUCCAUCUUUUGUGGAAAAAAUAAACCACAUCCUUUAAAUACAUUUCUUCAUCCAUUCAUAGUAGAAUUGAAAGAUUUAUUGCAAAAUGGUUUUGUUAUUUGUAACAAACACUUCACAUUAGAGGUACAUAGUUUUGUGUGCGAUGCACCUGCAAGGGCCUAUCUAAAAGGCACUAAAUUCCACUUAGAAUAUUCCUCUUGUGAUAGAUGCACAAUUCACGGAGAAUAUUAUAAACACAAGGUAGUUUUCAAUGGUCAGAAACGCACGAAUGAAUCUUUUCGCUUACAAUUGGACGAUGAGCAUCAUAUCUCGCAGACUAGUUUUCAUGAAUUACCAAUUGAUCUAAUUAGUAGUUUUCCGAUUGACUAUAUGCACAACAUUUGCUUAGGAGUAGUUAGAAAGCUACUGAAUACUUGGAUUGCAGGAUCCUUGAAGGUUAGAUUACAACAUCAGAGAGUUAAUAUGAUUUCAGAACGAUUGCUCAACCUUAAAAAUAUGAUACCAGUAGAAUUCAAUCGAAAACCCCGUUCGCUUAAUGAACUAAAUUAUUGGAAAGCUACUGAAUAUAGAAUGUUUUUAGUGUACUUAGGUCCUUUGGUUCUUAAAGAUAUUGUGGAUUUAGCUAUAUAUGAAAACUUUCUUGCUCUUCAUUUUUCUGUUUCAAUAUUGUUAUCACAGAGCCAUAUUGAAAAAUUUAAAAUCCCUUUUGUGAGAAAUAUCAUAAAUGUAUUUAUCAAACAUUCAAAAUCUUUGUAUGGUUUGGAGUUCAUGGUUUAUAAUGUACACUUAAUGUCACAUCUUUGUGAUGAUGUAGAUUUAUUAGGCAAAUUGGACAAUUUUUCGACUUUUCCGUUUGAAAAUUAUUUGGGAGAGAUAAAAUCAUUAAUAAAAUCUCCAACCAAUCCCCUACAACAAGUUCAUCGACGACUUGUUGAAAAGGAUUUUUUAAUUUCACAGCCAGUAUCUAAUAUUACGUAUAAAUUGGAAAGUAAACAUACAUUGGGACCACUUAUUUUUGACGAAAAUUUGAAAUGGAAUCAACAGUUUCAUAAAUUGAGAUUACCAGGCAUAGCAUUAUCAGCAUGUAAUCAUUCUAAGGCGGAUAGUUAUGUUUUAAUUGGGAAUAAAAUAGUUGAAAUUCAUAAUAUAGUAAAAUCUGCUGACAGUCAAAUAUAUCUUAUUUGCAAAGAGUUUCUUGGCUAUUCAGACUUAUAUACAUAUCCAUAUCCUUCCAGCAAUUUAAAUAUUUUCAUAGUUGAAAAUCUCACAGAUCUCAAAAUAUGGCCUGUUGGGAAAAUAACUGCCAAAUGUAUUGUUCUUGAAUUAAGGGGUUCUCUAAUGGCGAUGCCUAUUAUUCAUAGCCAAUUUUAGGUUCUUUUUUUCCAAUUUUUCAUGCAAAUAGAGCAGUCAUUUGUUUCACAGGACAUUUUGACAUUUUAAAAUAUUACUUUCAUAAUAAAUAAACCAUAUACUAUUCAGUAUUUCUAAUUUGAACAGAUAUUACAAUACAUUGUUAAUUUGUUUUAUGAAAACUGGAAUUUUAAGUUUCUUUUGCAGUUAUAUCAUGUUUUUCAUGCUAUUGAUAAAUAAAUUUUAUCAAAAU